AUGGCGCUGGUCUCCGAAAAGCUGAGCGCUGAGCCGAAGAAAGCUCAACUCGCCUUUGAGGCUCCGAAAGCAGAGGAGACAGCUUCUGAGACGCCAGCUGCGCAGCUGACAAAGCAUGAUGAGCCCGCUGCUGAGGCUGCUGCGGAGGCCCCGCAAGCAGAGCCAGCUGCUGCGGCGCCGGCUGCCAAUGCAGUUCAUGAGAAGAUCGCUGCGGAGGCAACCCCAAUCCCAGAGUGCCUUGGCACACAGGUGCUGAUCGAAGGUCUCGAUCGGCACCCCGUGUUCAAUGGCCUUGCGGCACCUUCCUGGGAGUCCUGCCCACCGGACGCUGCCGCAUCUACCUCCCGGCGGUGA